GCACUGCGAUUUGCGCUUUGCGUAUAUAUGUUGCUCGCAUGUUCACGGAAGCAUCGCCCACUCCUAAAGAACGGUGAGAACUCCGAGCACCGAAAUUCGUAGCAGACGGAACCGCUGUGUAUCAAAAUGAGUUCUGAUAAUCCUACUACGCAUCAGCUUCCGAAAAUAGAUUUCUCCAUAUCCGACUUCAACCCGGGAAGCCCGUCCUGGGACUUGGUUCGUGGCGAUGUCGUGACCGCGCUCGAAGGGUACGGAUGUUUCGAGGCGGUGUGUGAUCAGCUCGUCGACGGUGAGCUUCACACGAGUCUCUUCCGAGCCGUGAAAGAGUUGUUCGAUCUGCCGGAAGAGACCAAGAGAGGUUUCACCGACCCCAAGAGACCGUACCAGGGCUACGUCGCCAGCCUCCCUUUCGCCCCAGGAUAUCAGGCGAUGGGGAUCGGAGGAGCCCUCGACUCUCCGGCUAUUCAGAACUUCACAGGCCUCAUGUGGCCUGACGGGAAUGCGAAAUUCCGUGAGAUUGUGCAGUCCUAUUCAUCAAAAGCAGCAGAACUAGGGAAGAUGGUGAUGAGAAUGAUCCUGGAGGGUUUGCAAUUGCCAGUAGAAAAAUAUCGCGAGGAUCUCAUCGAAAAUACAAGUCAUCUCCUCCGGAUGACGAAAUAUGAAGCUCCCAAGAAUGGAGGGACUCGAGAAGUUAGCGGAAUCAGUCAUAACGACACAGGCUUUGUGACGAUUCUUCGUCAGGAUGGGUCGGUAAAUGGACUAGAGAUCAAGGCCAAGGAUGGCCAGUGGAUUAGGGCAACUCCUUCAGCUUCCUCCUUCAUAGUCAUGGUGGGAGAUGCAAUCCAUGGAUGGUCCAAUGGGAGAUUGUACAGUCCGGUGCACAGGGUGGUGAUGAGCGGGACUCGAGCAAGGUACUCCGUCAUUCUAUUCUCGGCGAUGAAAGGCGUGAUUCGGUGCCCUGGCGAGCUGGUCGAUGAACAACACCCUUUGCUUUUCAAGCCCUUUGAAGAAAUCGAUCUCGUACGAUUAACGCGCGUGCUCGAGACCGAAGAAGGGUGGGAAUCUGAGUCGACUCUUAGAGCUCGAUAUCUUGUGUGACAAAAGGAAACUAGCGUUUGGUUUGAUUUCUUUUCCUGGUUUCUUUGUAUGUACGGGGGUUCAAGAUGGAGAACUUCAUUUGGUAAUUUGGAAC